GUCAGAGAGCGCUCAGACAGUUUGACCUCUGAGGACUGGGUAGUGAGAACCUCAGGACUGACAAAGAUGUGGUGUCCACUCUAAAGGCCACCAUGGUAGGACUGCGGCAGGACCUGAACCUUGAAUGCUGGAUAGCGCCACACAGGAAGUCCCGCCUUCCCUGCCAGAGCCGGUGGGGGCUCACUGUCCAUCAUCUGAGGAAAGCCUCUUCCAUAUCAGUUCUCACUGUGGUAUUUUGGGGUGUCCUGUGGGCUGACUCCCUUUCCCCGCCAGCAUGGGCAAGAGAGACCUUCAUCCUUGGGGUCCUGGGUCCCUGGGACUGUGACCCCAUCUUUGCUCAGGCACUCCCCAGCACAGCUGCCCAAUUGGCUGUUGAUCGAGUCAACCGGGAUGCUUCCCUGCUGUUGGGCUCACAUCUGGAUUUCAAGGUCAUCCCCACAGGCUGCGAUACCCCCCAUGCCCUGGCCACAUUCGUGGCCCACAAGAACACGGUGGCUGCUUUUGUGGGCCCUGUCAAUCCUGGAUACUGCCCAGCAGCAGCUCUGCUGGCCCAAGGCUGGGGCAAGUCCCUCUUCUCCUGGGCCUGUGGAGCUCCAGAGGGAGGAGGUGAGCUGGUGUCCACUCUGCCUUCUGCUGUCCAUGUGCUGCUGUCUGUCAUGCGGUACUUCGGAUGGGCCCGCUUGGCCAUCGUGUCCUCUCACCAGGACAUCUGGUUAGCUACAGCCCAGCAGCUGGCCACAGCUUUCAGGGCCCAUGGGCUGUCCAUUGGACUGGUGACCUCUUUGGGACCUGGAGAGAAGAAGGCCACGGAGGUUUGCAAACAACUCCACCGUGUGCAUGGUCUGAAAAUUGUGGUGCUGUGCAUGCACUCGGCGCUGCUGGGGGGCCUGGAGCAGAGCACGCUGCUGCGCCGCGCGUGGGAGGAGGGCCUGGCAGACGGGAGACUCGUCUUCCUGCCCUACGACACUCUGCUCUUUGCCCUGCCCUACCGCAACCGCUCCUACCUGGCUCUGGGUGACCGUGGACCAUUGCAGGAGGCUUACGACGCGGUACUCACUAUCAGUCUGGAGUUCGGUCCGGAGAAUCACGCCUUCACUGCUCCCAAGAUGAGUCGAGGGGCUCCUCCACUGGAGACAGAGCAGGUGUCCCCACUCUUCGGAACGAUCUACGAUGCUGUCCUCCUGUUGGCCUAUGCCCUGAACCGCACUGAGAACCAUGGAGCAGGGCUCUCAGGGGCUCACUUAGGGGACCACAUAAGAACUCUCGAUGUGGCUGGUUUUAGCCAGAGAAUCCAGAUGGAUGGGAAAGGCAGAAGGCUAGCCCAAUAUGUCAUCUUGGACACAGACGGUGAAGGAAGCCAGUUGGUUCCCACCCACAUCCUGGACACAAGCACAUGGCAGGUGCAGCCUCUGGGAAAGGCUAUACACUUUCCUGGAGGGAGCCCUCCAGUCCGUGAUGCCAGCUGCUGGUUUGAACCCAACACACUAUGCAUAAGAGGUGUGCAGCCCCCAGACAGCCUCCUGACUCUGACACUGGCCUGUGUCUUGGCACUGAUUGGUGGAGUCCUUGCUUACCUCACCAGGUUAGGCCUCCGGCAGCUGCAGCUGGUACGAGGUCCCCAUCGGAUCCUGCUGACGGCCCAGGAUCUCACCUUCCUCCAGAUGACCCCCAGUCGGCGGAGGCUGCGUGGGGACGGUGGCAGCGAGUCAAGAAGUGUGGUGGAAGGUGGGAGCCCAAGGUCGGUGAUUCAGGGGUCAGCAAGGAGCCUACCGGCCGUCCUGGAACAUCCCAACGUGGCCCUGUACCAGGGAGACUGGGUAUGGCUAAAGAAGUUUGAAGCAGGCUUGGCUCCUGAGCUGCGGCCGAGCAGACUCAGACUCCUGAGGAAGAUGCGGGAGAUGCGGCAUGAGAACGUCACUGCCUUCCUGGGCCUUUUCAUGGGCCCCGAGUUCAGUGCCUUGGUGCUGGAGCACUGUCCCCGUGGCAGCCUAGAGGACCUGCUUCGGAAUGAGGCCCUGAAGCUCGACUGGACCUUCAAGGCCUCCCUGCUGUUGGAUCUGAUCAGAGGUGUGCGGUAUCUGCACCAUCGGCGUUUCCCCCACGGGCGCCUCAAGUCCAGGAACUGUGUGGUGGACAGCCGCUUUGUGCUGAAGAUCACUGACCAUGGUUACGAAGAGUUCCUGGAAUUCCACUGUUCCCCCAGGCCACAGCCAGACCCAGAAGAGCUUCUAUGGACGGCUCCCGAGCUGCUGCGGGGGUCUGGGGGACCCGGGAAGGCCAGCUUCAAAGGCGAUGUCUUCAGCCUAGGCAUCAUCCUACAAGAGGUGCUUACCCGAGGCCCACCCUACUGCUCCUGGGGACUCUCAGCAGAAGAGAUCAUCCGGAAGGUGUCGUCUCCCCCUCCUCUCUGCCGGCCACUGGUGUCCCCUGACCAGGGACCCCGGGAGUGCAUUCAGCUGAUGCAGCAGUGCUGGGAGGAAGAUCCAGAAGACAGGCCCAGCGUGGAUCAGAUCUACACGCAGUUCAAAGUCAUCAACCAAGGCAAGAAGAUGAGUGUGGCUGACUCCAUGCUACGGAUGCUGGAAAAGUAUUCCCAAAGUCUGGAGGGCCUGGUCCAGGAGCGGACUGAGGAGCUGGAACUGGAGAGGCGGAAGACAGAAAGGCUGCUCUCACAGAUGCUCCCUCCGUCUGUCGCCAAUGCUCUGAAGAUGGGGAGGACCGUGGAGCCGGAGUACUUCGACCAGGUCACCAUCUACUUCAGUGACAUCGUGGGCUUUACCACCAUCUCAGCCCUGAGUGAGCCCAUUGAGGUGGUGGGCUUCCUCAAUGACCUCUACACGCUGUUUGAUGCUGUUCUGGACAGCCACGAUGUGUAUAAGGUAGAGACCAUCGGGGAUGCCUACAUGGUGGCAUCUGGGCUUCCUCGGCGCAAUGGGAAUCGGCAUGCGGCUGAGAUCGCCAACAUGGCCCUGGACAUACUUAGCUGUGCAGGGAACUUCCGGAUGAGGCAUGCACCCGAUGUGCCCAUCUGUGUCAGGGCUGGUCUGCACUCAGGGCCCUGCGUGGCAGGUGUUGUGGGUCUCACCAUGCCUCGGUACUGCCUCUUUGGGGACACUGUCAACACUGCCUCCCGGAUGGAAUCCACAGGGCUGCCGUACAGAAUCCAUGUGAGCAGAAGUACCGUCCAGACCCUGCUCAGCCUGGGUGAAGGUUACACAGUCGAUGUCAGAGGACAGACUGAGCUGAAGGGGAAGGGCUCAGAGGAGACCUACUGGCUGACAGGGAAGGUGGGAUUCUGCAGACCCCUCCCUACACCUCUGCCUAUUAGACCUGGAGACCCAUGGCAUGACCGCAUAAACCAAGAAAUCCGGACCGGCUUUGCCAAAGCGCGCCAGGGUCUGCCUGAGCCCAGGAGGCCAGGGGAGGCUAGGCCAGGUCUCUGAUAGAAAGUCAGUGAGCAGACCCACGGCAGCCAUGAUGUCCACCACCACCCCCUGCAAGGAAUGCCUCAUCGACUCCUUGGAGAUCUUCCACCCACAGUGAUAGGAGCUGGUGUCUUCCCUAGUGACUCCCGGGUGGCCUUACUCCUGCAGGGGACACAGUAAAAGAGCAAUACUCCCUU